UUUCCAUUGGUCAAAAAUUGCAGGUUGCUCACAAUAAACAACAUGGCGGCAUUUACGUCUAGAGUUUAUGGAAAUACAACAACACUUCUUAAUGCGUGUGUAGAUUCUGUUGUAAGGCACUUAAACGUGAAUGAGAAUGGAAUUCAAGAUUUACCACCAAAUUUAAAAGAUAAAUGUCUGUAUUUGAUGACAAAAAGAGGAUUUAUCACAGAUUCUAACAUCAAAAAGUUUUUACAUGACAAGAUAUCAGUGUUAGAUUUGAGUGAGUGUACAAUAUCAGAUGUGGGGUUAGGACACAUCAGUAAAUGCUCUAACUUGAGAAAGAUUGAUAUCAACUCUGCAAAAGAAUCAAGGACAGAAAUAUCUUCAGAAGGAAUAAAGAAGUUACUGUCUGCAUGUCCACAUUUACAGACAGUUUAUCUCAGAAGAUGUUUAAACCUCACAGAUGAUGCUAUUAUAUCUCUCUCACAACAUUGCAGUCAACUACGCUAUUUAAACAUUGGAGGAUGUCGUCUCAUCACAGAUAAAGCAAUGGAAGCACUAGGACAGAAUUCAAAAUUCUUGAGAAGUAUCAAUUUUUCUAAAACAAAGGUUACAACAGAAGGAGUAGUUAGUUUAGUGAUGGGAAACUGUGGUAAAAGUCUCAAGGAAAUCCAUAUGGAUGGUUGUAAUCAGUUGACAGAUGAAGCCGUUGAAGCCGCAUUACAAUUCUGUCCAAAUCUUACCAUUCUGUUGUUCCAUGGUUGUCCAAAAAUUACAGAUAAAUCGAGAGAGGCACUAGAACAGAAGUCAAUGGAAGGAGGAACUCCUAUGAAACAAGUUACAUGGACUAUUUAUUGAAUCUUUAAUUUCUCCCUGUUUUAAAGGGAGAUAACUGUUUUGUAUGAAAUUAUUCAUUUUUGGGUAUACUGUAAAUUCAGAAAUUAUUGCUAUGUUUUUAUAAUUGGGAAAAAAGCUUCAGGGUUAUAAUUGCAAUACUUGUAAUUUAAACUCGCAUUUUGAUAUAUUAAACAUAUAUAAUUUUUUUAUAUAAAUUAAACAGGAUUUUUCUCAAUACUGCAAAAAUUUAAAUGGCAUUUUUUGUCUAAAACGAAGAAAGUGCAAUAAUUUCUGAAUUUACAGUAUAUUGAUUGUUGCAUGUUUCAUAUUAUCUUCAGACCUCAAUUAGUUAAAAAUAAGUUUUGUACAUAGGGGUCAUCAUUUGAAGAUUUGGAUUUAACUGUUUAUAUUAUGUUGAGGAUUGUUAUGCCUCUUUCACACGGACAUUUAAUUCAAAUUUAAUUUGAAUCGAAUGCGAAUCAAAUUCGCUUAUCGCAUUCACACACUCUUCUUUUUUAUUCGAAUUGAUUUGAAUUGGCUUAUUCGAAUUAUCCAAUUCGCAUUAGGAAUACGCUUUUGUUUAUACGAAUUAAAAGUUAACGUUGUUUGGUCAGUAAACCGAAUUUGAUGCGCAUUGUAAUUUGAAUUAAAAUUGAUGUUAGGACGUAAAACGUUUCGAAUGCGAAUUAAACUAAUUCGAAUUAGUGAAUGGGAAUUGAAUUCGAAUUAUGUGUGAACUCAGCAUUAAAGUCUUUAAGAAUAACUGAUGGCUCAGGUUUUCAAGUUCAAUUCCGGUUUGAUAUUGUUUAUUUGUUUUUGUUUUAUACACUGUUUAUUGUAAAUAUUGAUACCUAUUAAUAAUAUGUUGAAAAGUACAUCAUCCCAUUGUAAAUAUUGAAAUGUAUAAAAAUAGUUAUAUGUUAAAAAGUACAUCAUUCAAUGUAUAAUCUAAAAUAAAAUGUUAUUAAAACUUAAUCUCUCAAAUAAAAGGGCUUUAUUGUUUAAACAGUAUAACAGUGAUUAACCUUACUUACUUUUAUAACAAUAAGAAAUAGGGCAUUUCAAAAGUAGCUUAAAAAUGUUCUUUUAUUUUCAUUAGUAAGUGCCAAUCUGUCUUAGAAUCAGGCAGUGGUGAAUACAUGACAAAUAAAUGCACAAAACAUUAUCAAUUGAGGGGAGUUAACUCCAUAAUUUGCUAUCAUACUAACCAAAAGUUAUCUAGAUAUUUCUUGAUUUAGCAAGAAUAAUAAGGCCCAUUCUAUUUGUAUUGAUUUUGUUUUUGUUUUGUCAAACUUGAAUCAACAAUGCAGUAUUAUUAUCUCUUAAAAGUUAACUGCUGAAUUUUACAAAGUACAAUCUUGUUAUAAUUGGCUGAAAUUAUUCUUUUGAAAUAAGGGUUUACUCCUAAACCAAAGACAUUUUUUGUGAAAAAUGAAUCAACAAAGAUUUUUUACAUAAAUAUUUUAGGAACAACCAUUAGGAAGUACAAGUUUAAGUCAAUUAUAAAAUUUUGUCUACUUUUUAUGUUUCUAUAUAUGAUUCUAAUGUUACUAUUUGUAUCCUGUAAAUUGAUUAAAGGUUCUUUUGUGGCCAAAGUUAUCGUUGUUUCACUUGAACCUAUUAUAUAUAUGUAUAUUACGGAUUGUAAAUGUGUCAAGGUUUGUGAUUGGAUAACAACACAGAGAUGUCAGUAUAUAUUCAGGAAAAAUGCCAGGGUAUAUAUGACGUUUUUAUCCCCAAUUGGAACCUCAAAAACGUCAUCAUAACAUCGUUAAGUGUGACGUAGUCAAAAGCUAUCAGACUGUCAGAGGCUCACAGAGGGGAAAUAAUGAUGUGCUUCAGUCAAUAUUACAUUUUUGAUACAAAAUCAUGCAAUAAACACUUUUAAUACUUAAAUUUAAUGUUAAAAGUGUUAUUAUGAAUUAUUACAUACACGAUAAAAUUAUGUUUACAGCAAAUUAGAAAAUCCUUCACGUAUGACGAACAUCAGCUUAUAUAUGUGUUAUCAACAAAUACCUGCACUGGAAAAUAACAUUAAGUCGGGAUAAUCCGUAAUAUAUGUGUAAUUCAGGUCUAAGACAGGGUAAAUACUGUGACAUUCACGGCUUAGGGCUUAUAUGCCCUUAGCCUUCGGCUCAGGGGAUAUAAACUCUGAGCCGGGAAUGUCAAAGUAUAUACCCUGUGUCAGACCUGAAUAACAUAAUAUUUUAUUCUGAAAAAGCCUAUUUUGAUACAAUGGUAUACAGAAACACAAAGACAUACAUAAUAAUAUUAUAAGACAUAUGGUGAUGUAACAGCAAAUAGAGAAGAAAAGAAUGCAUAGAUUUGAAGCUUACAUUUCAUCCUAGUUAAUCUUUUUUUUUUAAUACUGAAUGGUAUUUAUACAUUAAAACAUGUAUAUAAAUAUUUAUUGAUUUGUUUGUAAAUUUCAAAUUAAAAGGGAUGAACUUCAAGUAUGAAUUUUAAUAACUGAAUAUCUUAUACUUAUGAACAUGAUGAAUAUAAUGUAAAUAGUUAUGUGAUUUGUGUUUUUUUUCAUUUACUGGUGUUAGGCUGCACAGCUGUCAUUGGAUGCAAAAAUUACUGACUUUCAAACAUAUAACCAGGUUUUGAGCCUGAAAUUAUGACAGGAAUUAUAAAUUCAGAUGUUCAUCUUUCAAAAAAUAUCAUAUAGAUAAGAAGUGAUGUUUAUCAUUGACUUUACAAUACUAGUAGGUUUUCUCUUAAAACCAACAAGUUGUUGUUGAAAUGAAUGACUGUGAUAUUGUAAAAAUAUAUAUUUGUUGAUUUAUAUUUGUUAUUUAAUAUAUUCCUUACAAGUUUUUAUCAUUUCUAUUAAAGAGA